CAAGUAUGUAACAUUUCUCUAGUCACUAUCUGAAACAGACUACACAAUUCUAUGUGAAUUGUAUUUCUUUCUCUGCUCCCUCUUUGCCUCUCUCUCUUUUGGAUACAUUUUUUUCUUGCCAGGUUCUAGACCUUUAGGAAAAGUGGAACACUUUGCAAAGGAAACUGCUAUGGAGAGCAGUGGGCCAAAAGUGCUGGAAACAGCAGAAGAGAUUCAGCAGAGGCGUCAGGAGGUGUUGACUCGGUAUCAGAGGUUCAAGGAGCUGGUUGCUGAGAGGGGCCAGAAGCUUGAAGAGUCCUAUCACUACCAGGUUUUCAGACGGGAUGCAGAUGACCUGGAGAAAUGGAUCUUGGAGAAACUCAAAAUUGCAGGGGAUAAGAGCUAUGCAGACCCAACUAACAUACAGGGGAAAUACCAGAAACAUGAAUCCUUCCAAGCAGAGGUGCAAGCAAAAUCAAGGGUUAUUCCUGAGCUGGAAGAAAUCAGGCAAGUCCGAUUUGCUGAGGGGCAUUUUGCCCAUGAGGACACCAAGGUCCAUCUGGAGGAACUACGCCACCUGUGGGACCUGCUGUUAGAGCUGACUCAAGAAAAGGGGACCCUGCUGCUACAGGCCCUGAAGUUCCAGCAGUACUUACAGGAGUGUGCCGACAUCUUGGAGUGGAUUGGAGACAAGGAAGCCAUAGUGACAUCAGUAGAACUGGGUGAGGACUGGGAACGCACAGAGGUUUUGCAUAAGAAAUUUGAAGAGUUCCAAGUAGACCUGGCAGCUCGAAAGGGGAGAGUGGAUGGAGUGAACCAAUAUGCUAAUGAGUGUACUGAGGAGAACCACCCUGAGCUGCCUUUGAUUAAGUUAAAGCAGGAUGAGGUGAAUGCCGCCUGGGAGCAUCUCCAUGGUCUGGCUCUCCAGCGAUGGAAAACAUUGUCCAAUGCUGCAGACCUCCAGAGAUUCAAAAGGGAUCUGACAGAAGCCAUCCAGUGGAUCAAGGAGAAGGAGCCUCAACUAACCUCUGAGGACUAUGGCAAAGACCUUGUUAGUUCUGAGGCACAGUUUCACAGACACAAGGGACUUGAGAGGAACCUUGCAGUCAUGGAUGACAAGGUGAAGGAGUUAUGUGCCAAAGCAGACAAGUUGAAGAUUUCCCAUCCUUCAGAUGCACCUCAGAUCCAGCAGAUGAAAGAGGAUCUUGCCAUCAACUGGGAGCACAUCCGUCUGCUGGCUACCAACAGACAUGCAAAGCUGCAGGCUUGUUAUUGGUUCCAGCGGUUUUUAUCUGACUAUGAUGAGCUCUCAGGCUGGAUAAAGGAGAAGACUGCUCUGAUUAAUGCUGAUGAACUACCCACAGAUGUGGCUGGUGGGGAAGCCCUACUGGACAGGCAUCAGCAACAUAAGCAUGAAAUUGACUCGUAUGAUGAUCGAUUUCAAUCUGCUGAUGAGACUGGUCAAGCCUUGCUGGAUGCCAAUCAUGAAGCCUCUCAUGAAGUUCAGCAAAAGAUGGCAAUACUUGACAACAACUGGGAUGCCCUGCUGGAACUGUGGGCCAAGCGUCAGCAUCAGUAUGAGCAGUGCUUGAACUUGCACCUCUUCUACCGUGACAGUGAGCAAGUGGACAGUUGGAUGAGUAGACAAGAGGACUUCCUGGAAAACAAAGACCUGGGAAACUCCCUGGGGGGUGUAGAAGCACUUCUUCAGAAGCAUGAUGACUUUGAAGAAGCCUUCACUGCCCAGGAGGAGAAGAUCACAACGUUAGACAAGACUGCAACCAAACUGAUUGACAAUGAUCAUUAUGAUUCAAAGAAUAUUGCGGCUAUCCGGGAUGGACUAUUGGCCCGGCGGGAUGCCCUACGUGAAAGGGCUGCCACUCGACGCAGAUUGCUGGAGGAUUCAUUACUUCUGCAGAAACUGUAUCAGGACUCAGAUGACCUGAAGAACUGGAUCAACAAGAAGAAAAAGUUGGCAGAUGAUGAAGAUUACAAGGAUACACAGAACUUGAAGAGCCGGGUUCAAAAGCAGCAAGUCUUUGAAGAAGAAUUGGCAGCUAAUGAGAUCCUACUCAAUAACCUAGAGAAAACUGGCCAGGAGAUGAUUGAGUGUGGUCACUAUGCCUCUGACAGGGUAGCUGCUCGUGUGAGUGAAGUGACCAGCCUCUGGAAGGAAUUGCUGGAGGCUACAGCGCAGAGAGGGACCCAGUUGUAUGAAGCUAACCAGCAGCUACAAUUUGAAAAUAAUGCCGAAGACCUGAAGCGCUGGCUAGAGGAGGUGGAGUGGCAGGCUACCUCUGAGGAUUAUGGGAAAGGCCUGGCGGAUGUACAGAAUCUACUCAGGAAACAUAUCCUCUUGGAGUCUGGUGUGGCUGCUCAUCAGGAUCAGGUAGACACCCUCACAGACUUGGUGACAUAUUUUGAAGAAACAGGCCAUCCUGAUGCUGGGGACAUACGUGCAAGGCAAGAGAAACUGGUGUCCAGGUUUGAAGCCCUGAAAGAGCCACUGGCUACCCGGAAGAAGAAGCUCAUUGACCUUCUCGACCUGCAGCAGAUUUGCAGAGACACAGAGGAUGAGGAAGCCUGGAUCCAAGAGACUGAACCUUCAGCAGCUUCCACCUAUCUUGGCAAGGACCUGAUUGCUUCCAAGAAUCUUCUGAACAGACACCAAGUCAUCCAGGCUGACAUUGCCAGCCAUGAGAUACACAUCCAACUGAUAACGAAGAGGGGCAACAAAAUGGUAGAGGAAGGACACUUUGCUGCAGAAGAUGUGGCCUCUAGGGUGAAGAGUUUGAAUGAGAAUAUGGAGUCUCUCCAGGCUCGAGCUGCUAGACGGCAAAAUGAUCUUGAGGCCAAUGUCCGGUUCCAGCAGUACCUGGCUGACCUGCAUGAAGCAGAAGCAUGGAUUAGAGAGAAAGAACCUAUUGUAGACAAUACUAACUAUGGGGCUGAUGAAGAAGCAGCUGGGGUUCUUCUAAAGAAGCAUGAGGCCUUCCUAGUGGAUCUUAAUGCAUUUGGAAACAGUAUGCAAGCUCUACGGGAUAAGGCAGAAGCAUGCCAGCAACAACAGGCUGCACCAGUGGAGGGAGCCACUCGAGAAGAGAGAGUUGUGGCUUUAUAUGACUUCCAAGCCCGUAGCCCCCGAGAAGUCACAAUGAAAAAAGAUGAUAUCUUAACUCUGCUCAGUUCCAUCAACAAGGACUGGUGGAAGGUAGAAGCUGAUGAUCACCAGGGUUUUGUGCCUGCUGUCUACGUCAGGAAACUGGCCCAUGAUGAGUUUCCUAUGCUCCCACAGCGGCAGCGAGAAGAACCAGGCAACAUCACACAGCACCAGGAACAGAUUGAGAAUCAGUACCACUCUCUUCUUGAUCGGGCAGAAAAACGCAGACGUCGUCUAUUGCAAUGUUACAAUGAGUUUUUAUUGGCCUAUGAGGCAGGAGACAUGCUGGACUGGAUCCGAGAGAAAAGGGCAGAAAACACUGGGGUAGAAUCAGAUGAUGUUUGGGAACUGCAGAAAAAGUUUGAUGAGUUCCAAACGGAUUUGAAGACCAAUGAGCCUCGACUGAGGGAGAUAAACAAGGUGGCUGAUGAUCUUCUAUUUGAAGGGCUUCUAACACCGGAAGGAGAUCAGAUACAGCAGGAGUUGAACAACCGCUGGGGCUCCUUGCAGAGGCUUGCAGAGGAACAGCGCCAGCUGCUGGGGAGUGCCCAUGCUGUCCAAAUGUUUCACAGAGAAGCAGAUGACAUGAAGGAGCAGAUUGAGAAUAAGUAUCAGGCCCUGAGUGUUGCUGAUCCUGGCUCAGAUCUGUUCAGUGUUCAGGCCCUUCAGCGACAGCAUGAGGGCUUUGAAAGAGACCUCAUACCCCUGGGGAAAAAGGUGACCAUACUGGGGGAGACAGCAGAAAGGCUCAGUGAGUCCCACCCUGAUGCCACUGGUGAACUGCAGAGGCAGCAGAGGGAGCUGAACAAGGCCUGGGAUGACCUGCUGGGGCAUACGGAGGAUCGUAAGAAGAACCUAAAUGAGACCCAGAAAUUCUUCCUGUUCCUCAGCAAGGCCAGGGACCUACAAAAUUGGAUCAGUGGCAUUGGUGGCAUAGUAUCAUCACAGGAGCUGGCUGCGGACUUAACUGGUACUGAGAUCUUGAUGGAACGACACCAGGAACAUCAUGCUGACAUGCAGGCUGAGGCUCCUACCUUCCAGGCCUUAGAAGACUUUGGUGCAGAACUUAUAGGCAAUGGGCACUGUGCCAGCCCUGAAAUUGAAGAAAAGCUCCAAGCUGUCAGAAUAGAGAGAGAUGAUUUGGAGAAAGCUUGGGAACAACGCAAAAAGAUGCUAGAUCAGUGUCUGGAGUUGCAGUUGUUUCAAGGCAACUGUGAUCAGGCUGAGAGCUGGAUGGUGGCACGUGAGAAUUUCCUAAGGUCAGAUGAUAAGCGUUCCUUAGACAGUCUGGAGGCCUUGAUGAAGAAACAUGAUGAUUUGAACAAAGCAAUCACUGCCCAGGAAAAGAAGAUCACUGAGCUAGAACAUUUUGCUGAACGGCUCAUAGCUGAUGACCACUACUCCAAGGAAGAGAUUGCUGCUCGGCUCCAAUGGGUGCUAGACAGAUGGAAGGCUCUCAAAGCACAGCUGAUUGCUGAGCGGACAAAACUGGGAGACUAUGCUGACCUAAAACAAUUCUACCGUGACCUUGAGGACCUAGAAGAAUGGAUCAGUGAGAUGCUGCCCACAGCCUGUGAUGAGUCCUACAAAGACCCCUCCAACAUUCAGAGGAAAUACCUGAAGCACCAGACCUUUGAAAAUGAGGUCUAUGGCCGAGCUGAUCAGGUGGAAAGAGUCAUCAGCUUGGGAAACUCUCUGAUUGAGCGGAGGGCAUGUGAUGGCAAUGAAGAGAUCAUGAAGGGUCAACUGGAAGACCUGGAGAAACAUUGGGACUACCUGCUUGAGAGAACAAUUGACAAAGGGCAGAAGCUCAAUGAGGCUAGUCGCCAACAGAGGUUCAAUACAGGCAUCCGGGAUUUUGAGUUCUGGCUCUCAGAGGCAGAGACACUACUGGCCAUGAAAGAUCAGGCCAGGGACCUGGCUUCUGCAGGAAACCUGCUUAAAAAGCAUCAGCUAUUGGAAACAGAGAUGUUGGCCCGAGAAGAUGCACUCAGGGACCUGAAUGAGUUGGCUACUGAUCUGCUCUCCAGCGGGACUUUCAAUGCUGAUCAGAUUGUGGAGAAAAGGGAUAAUGUCAACAAGCGCUUCCUGGAUGUCCAGAACUUAGCAGCAGCACACCAUGAGAAACUGAAAGAGGCUUAUGCCUUGUUCCAGUUCUUCCAGGAACUAGAUGAUGAGGAAUCAUGGAUAGAGGAGAAGUUGGUACGAGUGAGCUCCCAGGACUACGGGAGGGAUCUGCAAGGGGUUCAAAACUUACUAAAGAAACACAAACGCCUAGAGGGGGAGCUGAUGGCACAUGAACCUGCCAUCCAGAAUGUGCUAGAUAUGGCAGAGAGGCUGGAAGACAAGGCUGCUGUGGGGCGAGAGGAAAUCCGGGAACGGCUGGCUCAGUUUGUUCAACACUGGGAGAAGCUCAAAGAGUUGACCAAGGCUCGAGGGCUUCGCUUGGAAGAGUCCCUAGAAUAUUUGCAAUUCAUGGAGAACGCUGAGGAGGAGGAAACUUGGAUCAGUGAAAAGGAAGCAAUGGUUGUCCUCAGGGAUUCAGGAGACACAUUGGCUGCUACUCAGAGCUUGCUAAAGAAGUAUGAAGCUUUGGAUAAUGACUUUGCUGUACAUGAGGCCCGAGUGCAAAAUGUGUGUGCUCAAGGAAGAGACAUCCUGAGUAAGGAGGAAAGUCAGCACAAGGAGAAGAUUUCUGCAAAGAUAGAGGCUCUGAAUGAAAAGACCCCAUCUCUGGCUAAGGCAAUAGCUGCUUGGAAGUUGCAGUUGGAAGGCGAUUAUGCCUUUCAGCAGUACAACUGGAAGGCUGAUGUGGUAGAGGCCUGGAUAGCUGAGAAGGAAACAAGCCUGAAGACCACUGGCAAUGGUGCAGACCUCGCUGCCUUCCUCACUCUCCUAGCAAAGCAGGACACACUGGAUGUCAGUCUGCAGAGCUUCCAGCAUGAGAGACUGUCUAAGAUAACUGACUUAAAGGACCACCUGGUUGCUGCUCAGCACAGCCAGACCAAAGCCAUUGAGGAGCGCCAUGCUGCCUUGCUGAGGCUCUGGGAAAAGCUGCUGGAAGCCUCUGCAACCCACAAAGACAAAUUGCUGGAGAAACAGCUGCCCCUACAAAAGGCUGAGGAGCUAUUCAUGGAAUUUGCAUACAAGGCUUCAGCUUUCAACCACUGGUGUGAAAAUGCCGAGGAGGACCUGUCAGAGCCUGUGCACUGUGUCUCCCUGAAUGAGAUUCGCCAGCUGCAGAAGGACCAUGAGGCCUUCUUGGCCUCCUUGGUCAGGGCCCAAGAAAACUUCAACUAUUUGCUAAAGCUAGACCAGCAGAUUAAGGCCUUAAAUGUGCCCUCCAGCCCUUAUACCUGGCUAACAAUGGAGGUCCUAGAAAGGAUCUGGACACACCUACCUGACAUCAUCAAGGAACGGGAGCAGGAACUGCAAAAGGAAGAGUCAAGGCAGGUCAAGAACUUUGAGAUGUGCCAGGAGUUUGAACAGAAUGCCAGUGCCUUCCUUCAGUGGAUCGUGGAGACCAGGGCUUAUUUUCUGGAUGGAUCUUUGCUGAAAGAAACAGGAACUCUGGAAUCCCAGUUGGAAGCAAAUAAAAGGAAGCAAAAAGAGAUCCAGGUGAUGAAGCGUCAGCUGACCAAGAUUGAGGAUCUGGGGGACAACUUAGAAGAGGCUUUGAUCCUGGACAUCAAGUACAGCACCAUUGGACUGGCCCAGCAGUGGGACCAACUCUACCAGCUUGGGAUACGAAUGCAACACAAUCUGGAACAACAGAUACAAGCCAAAGAUACCAUAGGUGUGAGUGAGGAGACACUAAAGGAGUUUAGCACAACCUAUAAACAAUUUGAUGAGAAUUUGACAGGGUCCUUGAGUCACAAAGAUUUCCGGUCCUGCCUGAGAGGACUCAAUUACUACUUGCCCAUGGUGGAGGAAGGUGAACCUGAGCCCAAGUUUGAGAAAUUCCUGGAUGCUGUCGACCCAGGGAGGAAGGGUUAUGUCUCACUGGAGGACUAUACUUCAUUCCUAAUUGACAAGGAGUCAGAGAACAUCAAGUCCAGCGAUGAAAUAGAGAAUGCUUUCCAAGCCCUGGCAGAGGGCAAGGCCUAUAUUACCAAAGAGGACAUGAAGCAGGCCCUAACCCCAGAGCAAGUAUCAUUCUGUGCAUCACAUAUGCAACAAUAUGUGGACCCACGGGGCCGAAGCCACCCUGCAGGCUAUGACUAUGUUGGCUUCACCAAUUCCUACUUUGGCAACUGAUAAGCAGCUUUUCCUGGAUCAUAUAAAAUAUUGGUGUGAUGGGAAGUAUCGGGGGAUGAAGGAGACAGGCAAGUACAGAGGGUGGAAAGAUAGUACUCUGUGUGUGUGUGUGUGUGUGUGUGUGUGUGUGUGUGUGUUUAUUACAUUUAUUGCAGGACCUGAAAAAAAUCUCAACCUUGGGAGAUAUAAGGCAUUAAUACAGUUGGAGGAGAGGGACCAUGGGCUUAUUUUGUACGAAACUAAUUUCAUCUGAGGGGUGUUAAGUUCUCUAUUUUUUAUUUAUUGGGUUCUAUAUGUCUUUAUUAUUGUUUUGUUCUGAUUAUAACAUAAAGUUUUCAUUUUAGAAUUGUACACUUGAAACCUAUGUAAUUUUACUAACCGUUGUCACCCCAAUAAGUUAAAUUAAAAAAACUUUUAAGUAUUUUUAAUAGGGCAAUGUGAAGUAAAACGUUACUGACUCAGUUGGGCGUCUGUAUUUCUGAGCACUGUACUAUCAUCUAAAUUGUGCAGCUAAUUGCAUUGUAAAUAAGGGCCAUUGAAGAGUAGAUAAGUAAAAUCCAAGAUGAUUUACAAACAAGUUCUCUUGAGCUUUGUAAUGUGUUUAAAUUCUUACAUUUGAAAAUCAAGCUAUUUGAUAGCCUGAGGAAUCCCAAUAUUUUAAUCUGUAAAAUGGAGCCAUACAGAGAAGACAAACAUAGCACCUAUUCUCUUCUUAAUCUGUUCUUUUUUCAUACUUCUCUAUUAGAAUGGAUGUCAUUAGCCUCAGAAUGGCAAAAUUCCUGCAAAGGAGGGCUUCCUUUUGUCCUCCAUGUCCCGAAAUUUCCUCUUAAAUUUUAAUGUGAUAAAAAGAAUAUUUGUUUUGAUUUACUUCCGUCUUCUAUUAGUAUAAGAGUCAGUAGAAUUGCUUAUAAAAUUAAGAAUUAAGGGGGGUGGUGGAAAGAAGAGGUGGUGCUAUCUCUAAAGAAUUUUUAGCCAGUUUUGGUCUGAACAGGUUCAUAUGCUGACAUUCUGUCCUGACUUGUAAAAGUUGAUAAUGUCAUUUGCUGGUGAGAAUUCUUAGGUCAUUUCUUUGAUUUGUGUGAAACUUCUAGUUUCUCCACCUCCCCAUCCAUAUAUAUUACCACUUGAUUAUUAUCUUAAGUCUCAAUCUCAUUCACUAUAUAGAAAUUAGUUCUUCCUUAGUCAGGGAUAAAUUCUGUCACAAAAGCCAUUUGAAAGAAUUUUGGUUAAAACUAAAAACCUAUCUGUGUUGCUAAUAAUGUAUAAAUGUUUUUACUGAUUUUUGCUUAAACAAUGGGAUAAUGUGGAAUAUGACAAUCAAUAAGUAGUAUGAAGAACAUGCGGUAUAUAUAUAUAUAUAUAUAUAUAU